AGCAGGAAUGAAAACUAAAGGCAACCACUUGAGUCACUUGACAAGGUAGCGAAGGUCAAACCAUCCAACAGAGUUCCCGAAAGGAAAUUAUUUUGGGAAAUGAUAUGAAACAGUUCAGUCUUCUAUGUAGAGGUACUAUUUGUAUAAAUAAAAUGUGGUAUAGUUUCAUUGACUCCAAGCACUUUUAUUGUGAUUUUGAGAACUGUCCAAGUUGAAAGUGCCCUAUAUAAAAUAUGCAAUUACAUCACAUGUGCUGUAAUUUAUUGCUAGGUGAUAUAUUUAUAUUGAUAUGAGCUAUGUUGUACAAAUAUUUCACUUACCAUAAAGAGUGUAUUGAGGUCAACAAUUAGGCUGUUCCAAUUACAUCUAGCUCUAUCCACCCUGCCCCCCCCCCUUAACCCCCUCACCCCCCGUUCACCCUUCGGCUUCACCUUUUGUCUACUGAUGAAAUCUGAGUGAGUGGGUGCUUCUAGGUAAAUCUAAAUAUUAUGACAUGAAGUCAUGAUGUGUGGGUGGUAAGGAGCUCCACUAUCUCAUAAAGUGGGUAAAUACUAUUUCGCUGACCUCAGAAUGACAUUUCGUUAAAACUUUUUUCUUCAAGAUUGGUUUAGAAACAAAUUUGGCAUAGGGUUAGGUUAGGGUAAGGAUUAAGGUUAGAGUUGGUGUUUGGAAUAGUGUUAGUGUUAGUAAAACCAUUGCUUUGUUACGUUUUGUCACUUUGAGGCCAGCGAAAUAAUCUCUUCCCAUAAAGUGGGCCCCUUAACUGGUGGCCCAACAACCAGCUAUUAACUAAUUGCUUGGCUCUUAACCCUUAUUUCUCUUUCAUAUAUUGAUAUUCUGAUCUAUAGAAUGAUGGCUUUAUUGAGGUUUCAUGGACAAGGGUCAGAGAAGUUCAUAUUUAUCAAGUAAUGUGAAGAAAUUGAUCUGCUUUCAGCCAGAUGGCUUCCCUCAGAAGGGCUGUUAUGGUGACCUAUUCUUUAAAGAUGGUUUGUUAAACUGGAAUGCAGUUGAAGAGAUAUGCAAUCUGGAUCAAUGUAUGCACUGUAUAAGAAUUUUAUACAUAGACAAAUUUUCAGAUUUUGCUUUGAGAGGAUGCUGAAAAUUCAGGAGGGGGGGGGAUUGAGCAAGGGGAGCAUACUUCCGGGUGAGCAAGCUGCAUGAGGGGUCUGGGGGCACAGUAGUGGGGUCAGGUGUUUGGUGUAAGGUGGUGAAACUCUUUCAUAUCAUUUAUAUGGGACUGGUGACUAUCAACAUAAUGACAAUAAGAAUGUGUUCAUUAAUCAGCAAUUUUUGCGAUCGACUCAUUCCUACAAAAAAUAACAUCCUCCAGGAGCAUAACAGAGGAUUUAGUACUAUUAAGGUUACAGGACACCUUUUGUGGCGUUUCGCGGAGAAUCGCUACUACGCGCUUAUUAAGCGUCCGAUUUUUGUCAAAUUUUCAGAUUUUGCUUUGAGAGGAUGCUGAAAAUUCAGGAGGGGGGGGGAUUGAGCAAGGGGAGCAUACUUCCGGGUGAGCAAGCUGCAUGAGGGGUCUGGGGGCACAGUAGUGGGGUCAGGUGUUUGGUGUAAGGUGGUGAAACUCUUUCAUAUCAUUUAUAUGGGACUGGUGACUAUCAACAUAAUGACAAUAAGAAUGUGUUCAUUAUUCAGCAAUUUUUGCGAUUGACUCAUUCCUACAAAAAAUAACAUCCUCCAGGAGCAUAACAGAGGAUUUAGUACUAUUAAGGUUACAGGACACCUUUUGUGGCGUUUCGCGGAGAAUCGCUACUACGCGCUUAUUAAGCGUCCGAUUUUUGUCAAAUUUUCACCAAAUGUUUGCCAGGGCAUGCAGAAUAUAAUAAAGUUGUCAAAUUGACAAACCAAUAAAAUAAUCCAAGAAUUACUCCGGAAAAUUAAAAAACUCGGUACCUUCACGUCUUUGAGUUGUUCUCCUGUCGGUUUUAAGAUAUAUUUUCGAAAAUAACAUUAUUGUAGAGCUAAAUAGUUGUUUUAAAAAAAUGUGUUCGGCUUUGUUUAGCUUUUUCGCCGUUCGUUUGAUAUAUUGAUUUCUUUGAUUAUUACAAUAUAUUUCAAAUUAUGUUGACUGAAUUGCUCGUAAUUCACUAAAUAUCCAAAAUUAAAACAAAGCCGAACACAUUUUUUAUGCUGAAGUCAUCAGCUAUGCGCUGUGCAAAUUUUAGAACAAUCGGUUACAACGCACAGGAGAACAACUGGCUUGAAAAUCAGUAAUUACCGCAAAAAUAGUCCCGAGAAAAUUGAAUUUGAAUAUUACAUUUUCAAUGUUGUUUAUAUUGCAGAGAAAUGUAUUUUAUUAAAUAACUCCGCGAGUUUUCAACAUUUUUCUUUCAAACUUGGUCAGAUAUUAGAAGUGGUCUAAAGCUUUUAUGAAAGCCAAUAAAAAAAAUUUGGGCCAAUUUAACACUCAAAGGUGUCCUGUAACCUUAAAUAUUCCUUUGAUAGGUUUUUCUCAAGAUGGGGUGUCUGACUACAUCAUGGCCAUUUCACAUUUAUAUCCAGUUUCCUAUCAAGUACAUGCCAGCAUAUGUCAAUUGACAACAGAAGAAUUUGAGUUAAAAUAUGAAAAUCUCCUAACUUGGACAACAAAAUCCAAACAUCUGCUCCGUUGUUUUAAUUUACUAAAAUCGCCUCAAUCACAGACUGGUUGCCUUGUGACAUCACUGCUUUUGCUGACAUCAACUUUAGAGCGUCUCCUAGGAGAUAUUUUCCUGACAUGUUCAGACGAGACUGUCACUUGUCCGUCGUUGUUAAAAGAUUUGUUGAAGAUGCAAGAAUUAAGAAGUGUACUUGGUGAAAGCUUUAUGAACUGUCUUGAAGUGUUCAUUGGUUCACCUUGUGGUCUUAAUCUGCGAAAUUUAGCCUGGCAUGGAUUCCUGUCUGAUGGAGAGCUUCCUGCACAGUAUGUGUGAAUAUUACCAUUGAAUUUUGCACACUUUAAGUGGUAUUGCAUGCUCAUGUGCCCUACUUUGUUAUUUUACUUUGUCUAUUGCCAGACAAUUUUACUUGUCAAGAGGAGAGUCAAUGGGUUAAUAACUAAGACUAAUUAUCUGGGUCAUGUCAUACUUGCUAAUUCCCUUUAAGUGGCAUUGCGCCCUCAUGUCUCGAGCAGGAUUGCUGGUCUAUUGGGAUAACCCAUUGAGCUAUCAAGUCAACAGGUGUGCACAAAAUAUUUUUGUGCCAGCUGUUAUUGGAGAAUAUGUUGGAGAAUGCACAGACUGUUUCAAUUCUAUUCUGAAGACAUGGUUCAGAAAAUUGAAACACUGUAUUUCCUUCAAAACAAGCAUUAAGUCAUCACAAAAAUAUUUUGUGUACUUAAAUUGGCUUGAUAGCUCAAUGGUGAAUGGUUCUAUGGUAGAAACCCGAGAAUGCAAGUUUGAGUACCUCUAAUGAAACAACCAAAAAAUAUGAAACUAGUGGUUGGAAAUAUAACUCUGGAAUCUAAUUGCUAUUAUAAUACUAAUCAAUUCCCGUUUUAAUAGUAUUGGGUCUUUCUUUAAUUUGUAGCUAUGUAUCAUUCUUAUUGAUGCUAACGAUCUCUUUGGCUGAAACCGCCAAAGCCCACAAUGAACAAACACACUUUGAAAAGCUAAGUGAACGUCAAUUGAUCAAAUACUCGGAAAGUACUAUCAUCAAAGAUGUAUUUCAAAAUAUUGAACUGACUCAGACUGAUAACUCCAUGAGCAAGUUGUUUUCCAGAAGUCAUUUUGUCACAACAUCAAUGCUGUCUUUGUGGUAUUUGGCAAGUGAUUUCUUUCAACAGGAAAGGUAAAUAAAACAUGUAGUACUGGUACUUCAACAAGUCAGUUUUUCUGCACCUUUACUUACAAUACUCGAUGCCCCCUUCUCCCACCUCCCCUUUCUCCCACCUCCUUUUUCUCCCACCUUUCCUUUGUCCUACUUUCUCCCACCUCCUCCUUCUACCACCUCCCCUUUCUCCCACCUCCCCCUUCUCCCACCUCCCCCUUCUCCCACCAUAUUCUUCUGACGUAUCAGUUAGAGUCGCAUCAUUUUCGUUCCAAACCAGGUAUGAAUAUGCUGUUAUGAUAUUGUUACCUCAACUUGAACACUCUCUACGUCGACUGUACGCCAGUGUUAAUGAGAUGCCGGGAAGAGUUCAAACUGCUGAAUCAGCGGAGUUUUAUACAACAUUUAACGAGGUAUGCUCGGUCACUGACCUACGCUUUUGUAUCCUCCCUUUAAGUGCCACUAACCCCAAAUAUGAUCUUUGGCAUAAGUGUGUUGGUCAUUCUAAAAAGAAAUGUAAUCUUUAUAGUGAAAAAUCUCAUCUUAAUCAACUUUAACUGUUAAAAAACUAGUUUCAUAUUUAUUCUGACACUGCAGAGGACAACGAAAAAUUUGUUUUCUCGAGAUUCGAACUCGCAUCUUCGGGUAUCUAGACCGCCGCUCAACCUCGUACCAGGGUCCCCGUGUUCAAACCUCAAAGCUUCUGGUGCCUACGCGUGCACCAGAACCUUUAAACACGGGGACAUUGGGUACGAAGUUGGACCGCCGCUCUACCCAUCGAGCUGUCGAGUCAACGGGGAUUGGUAGCGAGUCUUGUCCAAUUUAAGAGUACGGAAUUUUUGUCGUGACGACUUAACGCUUGUCGUGAAGGACGCGCAGUAUUUCAAUUCCAUUUCAGCCGUAAGAGAUAUGUAAACCAUCCUCACAGAUACACCGGAGGAUGGUUCUGAAAUUUCACUGUCAAAGUUACCGGAUAUGAUGUUAUUAGGUGAAUUUUAGCAGCACGAAACGAAGGCAAACUGAUUUGCAAUCCAUCUAAUGGCGUCAUAUACGUCAUAUGAUUUCAGCUUUGACAGUGAAAAAGUUGAUAAAGAUGCAUUGCAUUCCUAUAAUUAUACUACACACGUAAAAACGCAAUAGUUGUAACAAUCCUACAGCAGACUUGUAGCAAUGCUGUUCCAACAACUUGCCGACAGGAUGUGUUCGCACUGCUUGUUCCCAGCUUGUUGACAAGUUGUACCAACGGCUUUUGAUAAAUUGCUACAACUACAAGGUUGCUGAGCUCAACAGAUUUGUUACAAGUUGUUCCAACAACUUGUUAUCGUUCUGCAAUUCAACAAUUUGUCAACAAGUUGUCGCAACUUGAUAAAAUAACAGCAUUGUUACAACUUGUUGACCAGCUUGCUACAAGCCUGUUGCAAACACAUCCUGGCGAAACGUUGUGAGAUUUUUACUUGUGUAUAAAGAUAUAUUGCACCGCUCCCGAUCAAAUUGAGAAAUAUUUUCAUGAUUGUAUAUAUUUUUAAUUACGGCAUUAAUUUUUCAUGGUUCAGAUAUUGUCUCCCGAACUUGCAAAUGGCACUCCAAAUUUACUUCUACAGUUCCUGGAACCCUGCUACAUCGAGCUAUUACUAGAUAUCCUUGUUCACCCCGAGGGCUCACGACUUCGAGACCAUUUGAGUCAUGGAGAGGUCGAUAUUCUUCACUUUCCAAAAUAUCUCGCAAAUCAUGUCCUUUGUAUUGCUAUUACAUUCUGUUUACGCUUUUGCCCAGACGAUACUUCAGGAAUAGACUGUUUUUCAGGGAGAGAUUGUUUCUCAGAAUUGGACGGGCAUUUUGGACAACUGGAUAACUUUUCCGAGAUAUCCAUAACUGUACAAGAUUAUCGGUCUAUUUUUCAUCCAUUUUCUUGCUUUCGGAGAGAGCUUUCGACAUUAAUUUGUAGCUUACUCGAAUGGAAGAAUUUAGCUCAACCAAACGAAGAUGAAUUUCAAGAGAAUUGCAGUGAAGACUUGUACGAUAAAACUGCUUGGGAAAGAAUAAUAAAUACGAUUUUGCAACAAACUUCAUUUGCAAAAUCAUCAGCCGAGAUGGCCGACAGAUAUACCUCUCAAGAGGAGAGGUCAGUUUGUGAUGAAGAAGUAUUGAAGAUUAUGCUAUCAUUGCUUGAUGAUUGUGAAUUGCAUACGUUGUUUAGACCUCGAUAUGAACUUGAGGUGAUCCUAGUGUUGCGUCAAGUGGCUGGUCACUGUUUGCAGACAUCUCAUCAGGUUGGUUAACCAUGGUCAAACGAGGAUGAGAAUUGAUGAGAGUUUAGACUACCUACAAGUCGAUUCGCACCGUAACACAUUGUAUCUUGUCUCGCAUUGUAAGCUGGAGUAAAAAGAGUGAGAAUGCGUGAGCGAAUAGCUAACUAAUAAUACGAGUUGACUUGCAGCAAGUCUAAUGAAAGUUAACUAGCGCCGGAGAGUUUGCAUUAGAGUUUUCUCAACUCUCAUGUCCCGGUUAAACGAGAUCAAGAGUUGCAUGAGAGUUGCAUGCUUGAUGAGAGGCGACUAGCCUAGAUACUGCUCAAACGAGCAAAAACGCUCGUCAACUCUCUUCAAUAUUUCAACCAGCUCAACUUUGUUUCUCCUUCUGAUGGAUGUGAACGAGUAGAUGAGUUAUAAAUGUUCUGAGUAUACGUACCCUCAUCUGAACAUUCAUAACUUAUCCACUCGUUCACAUCUGUCAGAAGAACUAAAUCGCAGGCCCAAGCCACAGAAUAAAGAUCAGUACCAGAAGGGCCACUCAGCGGUGCAACGUGUCACCAUUUUUCUAUGCAAAAAUAUGCAGUUGACUGGUCAGAAGGCGGGGCCUUCAGCCAAUACUGCGCGUUUAUUGGCCAGAAAAUGUAAUCGACUGGCUAGGAAGAUGGCGGCCAGCGUGACAGAAAUUUCAAAGCUUCUGACGUAAGUGGCCCUUCUGUGUGCCUUAUUCUGUGCCCAAGCGUUACCUAAUUUCUCUAAUUGGUUCGAUUUCAGAUACAACAGAUAUCGCAAACAAGAUAUAGCGAAUGGGAACAGAAAACGUUGAGAUCAAGACAGAGAAAUAACUACAAACGAUUCUGGUUUCAUCUUCCUUCUGUCGCUCAAACUUUAUGUCUUUUGACAGUUGUUAUAGGCAGUGAAUUCAACAACAUCAACAAAAUGACUGGUGCUCAAGUCAAAAAGAAUAAGUAAGUACAGUCUUUUUGAGUAUUUAACUUUGUGUUUAAACCCAUCUGUAUUAUGAAAAUUGCCUAUAUAGCCCACUUUAAACCCUGAAUGAGUGAAUCCAUAUAAAUGGCAGCCAGGUUGCUGGUUUCUUCACCGUUUUGAAUUUUUGACCAUCUUUGAUUGUAAUUAGAUUUUUAAAGAAAUGUCUUCAGUGUUCUGAGAACCUAGCCAGCUUGUCUUCUUCAUCAAGGAACAAAUGGUUGGAAUGCAAUGAAGUUUGCAAAACAUGGCUGGACCAAGUAUCUGUUUACUACGAUCAACAUAUUGUUUGGAAACACGUAAGUACCGCCAUUGAUUAUGCUGUAUACUGGUGUGGUGUAGGUGUUUGA